AUGGAGUGGACUGGACUGGACUGGACUGGAAAGGAAUGGACUGGAAUGGAAUGGACUGGACUGGUCUGGACUGGACUGUGUUGGACUGGACUUGACUGGAAUGGACAGGGUUGGACUGGACUGGACUGGUCUUUCCUGGCAUGGACUGGACUGGAUUGGAGUGGACUCGGCUGUACUAAACUGCACUGGACUGGACUGAACUGGAAUGGUCUGGACUGGACUGGAGUGGACUGGACUGCAAUGUAUUGGACUGCACUGGACUGGACUGGACUGGACUAG